AUGGCCACUUCCACGACCGACGCCUCGACCGGGGGUGACACCAAAUCCCCCAAACAGUCAAACAAUACCACUCCGCCUCGUCAAGAUUCAGUCCCCGAAGUAAAGCAGCCCGACCCGAGUCUGAAGCCCGAUGCCGACGGCGCGAAACCUCUUGGACCUCCCCCUCGACCCGGACAAGCAGCAGCUGGAGGCACUCCCGACUACUUCGGCGGCGCUGUCGCUGCGGCAUCUCUCAGUCUGGAGCCCAAUCCCUUCGAGCAGUCUUUCGGCGGCGGCGCGCCAGAGACACCCGGUGGUACGAAAUUGCCAUCGGUUGCUGCUCUGACUUCACCAUCCUCAUUGCUCCCCGGCAGCGGUGCGACUCCAUUCAACUGGGGAGGCGGUUCGUUGCGAACUGGUCCCCUGAGUCCGGCCAUGUUGUCUGGUCCUACGAAUGAUUACUUUAGCGAUACGCACCAUCUUCGCGGCGGAUUCCCGACCCCGAACGAAUCUUCGCUGAGGACGGGUUUGACACCAGGUGGCAGUGGUUCCAUGUUCCCUGCUCCCAGCCCCAACUCUCAACAAUUGUUUGCCCAACUCGCGAGCGGAGGUGCCACGCCCAGCACACUCGACUUUCACCGUACGGCGCUGAGUGCUGCUGCAACAGCAAAGCGUGAGAGUCAGAACCAAAAUCAGAAUCAAAACCAAAACGCGCCGCCGCAGUCUUCUGUCACCUCGCAACCACAGGAUAUGCCCAACGGCGCUCCACCUGUGAAGACAGAGCCCAAGGCCUUCGAUCCGCAUGACAACGACGCUGCCAACGGCCUGUUCAUGCUUGCUCAGGGUCGGAACGGCACACAACCUCAAGGAUACGCGGCUACAUCACAGCCGCCAACUCAAAACCAGCCUGCAGCGGCCCCUGUGCAGCCAGUGGACACGUCCCCUCAGAUGGGUAGCGUCAACGGCGCUGGCUCUGCUGGUGCUGGGUCUUCUGUCAGAGGCGUGAGCGAAGGUGGAAGCGCUGCUUCGGAAGACAGCGAACAAGCCCGACCAAGUACCAGAGGCAAGGGUAAGCGCAACUCAACCGGAGGCGCCGUCACCAACGGCCGAAGGAAGGCAGAGGAACCCCCCGCCAAGGCGCCUCCCAGCAAGAAAGUGAAGACCAACGCCUCGCCCCCACCUGAUAUGAUGGGUGACGAAAGUCACUCUGACGACGACGACAAUAUGAAGCACGAUGAUAAAGAAGGUGGAUCCAAAUCUAAGAUGACAGAUGAGGAGAAGCGAAAGAACUUCCUGGAGCGUAACAGAGUUGCGGCGUUGAAGUGUCGUCAGCGCAAGAAGCAGUGGCUGGCUAACCUCCAGUCUAAGGUGGAAUUGUUCAGUAGUGAGAAUGACGCUCUCACUGCCCAAAUAACGCAGCUGAGAGAGGAAGUUGUCAACCUAAAGACACUACUCUUGGCGCACAAGGACUGCCCCGUUACGCAGCAGCAGGGGCUUCAUGGAGCCUUCAUGCAGCAAGCCAUGGAACCUUUCAACCCCCAAAUGAACCCUUACGGCAUGGCUGCGCCUAUCCCUCAGCAGCAGGUUCUCGCUGCCGGACAGGGUGUCCAGAGACGCUUCUCGUAG